AUGGUUUACCUAUGUAAGUCUAAUUGCCCCUCUCUGCACUCCUGUGCUAUUCCUUUAGUCCCCUCCUCUGAUUCCUCCACACCCACUCACCUUCCCCCCUGCAGCCUCUUCCCCAUCGCCUGCCAUUUCUCCUACAGGGGGGCUCCCCCAGGGCUGGUAGCCCAGAGCUGCUGCUACAGCCGCUAUGGGGGGCUGAAUUCCUCAUCCGCCAGCACAGGCAGCCAAGCAUGGAAGCAGGGGGAACAGGAAACAGACAAUAGGGCCGCCAGCCAGGAGACCUUGUCACAGGAUGGGAGUGGGGAGGCCCCCAUGCACACAGUGCCUCCACAGGCCCAGGCCCCCGCCCCCCCAGCCCAGCACUGCACAGUGGCGGGGGACAUGUUCAACGCCAGGUUCAUUCGCAACUUGCAGGAACGGCGCAGCACCAGGCCGUGGUGACUGCAGCCCCGCCACACCUGCAGUCCUCGCACUGCGGGAGCAGCCACCGCCGCCUUCCCGUGCCUGUAUUCAUUCACUCGUUCAUUCAUUCAACAGGCCUUCUUAGCAGUGCCCAACCAUUUCUAUCCUCACCAAAGCAAUAAAGU